UCCUAACCCCUUUGCUUUUAGGUGCUGCUUCAUUAGAUCUUUUUUUUUUUUUCCAUUGGAUCUUUUGCUCAAAAAAAUCUGCGCCCUUUUAACAGCGGAUAGACAGAGAGGGAGGAGGCGAGAGCUCGCCGGAGCCCAGCGACCGGGAAGCCCGCAGACGGAAAGCAGCCCCCGGGAAAGGCCCCACGGCGGGGCGGGCCCGGCCAGGAGGCGGGGCGGCAUCCGCCCAGUGCGCAGACUCCGGGGCCGGACGGCGCGCAGGCGCAGGAGACGCCGGCCGCGCGGGGCUGUCAUGGCGCUGCGCGGGGUCUCGGUGCUGGAGCUGGCCGGCCUGGCCCCGGGCCCGCUGUGCGGCAUGAUCCUGGCGGACUUCGGCGCGCGGGUGGUGCGUGUGGACCGGCUGGGCGCCCGCGGAAACACGAACAUCCUGGCCCGGGGCAAGCGCUCGCUGGUCCUGGACCUGCAGCGGCCGCAGGGGGCGGCGGUGCUGCGGCGCCUGAGCGCGCGGGCGGACGUGGUGCUGGAGCCCUACCGCCACGGUGUCAUGGAAAAACUCCAGCUAGGCCCGGAGAUUCUGCAGAGGGAGAAUCCAAGGCUUAUCUAUGCCAGGUUGACUGGAUUUGGCCAGUCAGGAAGAUUCUCGAAAACAGCAGGCCAUGACAUCAACUUUUUGGCUUUGUCAGGUGUUCUGUCAAAAAUUGGCGGAAGUGGUGAGAAUCCUUAUGCCCCACUGAAUCUCCUGGCUGACUUUGGUGGUGGUGCCCUCAUAUGCACACUUGGUAUCUUGAUGGCUCUGUUUGAACGCACACGCUCUGGUAAAGGUCAGGUCAUCGAUGCAAACAUGGUGGAAGGAACAGCAUACCUGAGUUCUUUCCUGUGGCAUUCUCUACAAAUGGGGCUGUGGGAAAAUCCUCGAGGACAGAAUUUAUUAGAUGGUGGAGCACCUUUCUACACAACUUAUAGGACGGCAGAUGGGGAGUUCAUGGCUGUUGGAGCAUUGGAACCCCAGUUCUACAAGCUGCUGAUCAACGGACUUGGACUAAAGUCUGAUGAACUUCCUGAUCAGAUGAGCAUGAGUGAUUGGCCAGAAAUGAAGAAGAGAUUUGCAGAUAUAUUUGCAAAGAAGACAAAGGCAGAGUGGUGUCAGAUCUUUGAUGGCACAGAUGCAUGUGUGACUCCAGUUCUGACAUUUGAAGAGGUUAUCCACCACGAUCAUAACAAAGAACGGGGCUCAUUUAUCAUUAAUGAGGAACAGAGUGUGAGUCCCCGCCCUGCACCUCUGCUGUCAGGCACCCCAGCUGUUCCUUCUUGCAAAAGGAAUCCUUUUGUAGGAGAACAUACUGAAGAGAUACUUAGAGAAUUUGGGUUCACCCAGACAGAGAUCAAUCAGCUUACCUCAGAUAAAAUUAUUGAAAUUAAUAAGCCAAGAGCUAAUCUCUAAGUUCCAGGCCUCCUAGUGCAAGUGAAUUUGAAUAUUGCAUGUUCAGUAUAGAAUAAUACAUAAAAUUGUGUGGAAACAUGAAGGAACAGUAUCACAGGGCACCAACUAUUCUAACCAAGAAACAAGAUUGAUUACACAGUAAUGAUUGAAUACUGAAAAUGGUUAAAAUCAUAGCUUUUGAUUGAGUACUUUUAGUUUACCAAUAUUAAGUUGUGACAGUUUUUCUGCCUUUCAAUUUACUUGACAGAUUAUAUUUUUAA